GACACAAUCAACUGGGAUUUUCUUUACAGAUCUGUUUCAGAGCAUCUAACCCGCUCACAAUGUUAACUCUGAGUUGUAUCUGUGCUUUACUGGCCUGUAUUGCAGGUGUCGGCGCCCAGCCUGUCUUGACUCAAACAUCGUCAGUGUCGGUUUCACCAGGACAGAGUGCCCAGAUCCCCUGUACCAUGAGCGAUGGUUAUGUCAUCACUGGUUACUGGGUGAACUGGUACCAGCAGAAACAUGGAAGCACCCCGAGAUAUCUUCUAAAUUACAAAUCCAACUCUGAAAAGGACUCUGCAGCUCCUGCUCGCUUUUCUGCAUCUAAAGACACUGCGGGCAAUUCCUGCCAUUUAAUCAUCUCCAGUGUAGAAGCAGAUGACUAUGCUGAGUAUUAUUGUGGUGUGUGGCACUCAGGCUCAAACAGAUUCGUCUUCGGGGCAGGGACCGCACUGCACGCCAGCAGAACUCUGUCCUCACCUUCACUGAGCUUACUGGGACCGACCUCUGAUGAGCUGAAAGAAAAGAAACUGGCCACACUGGUGUGCCUGGUUGAGCAUUUCUUCCCAUAUACAGUGAGCGUGUCUUGGAAGGUGGACGGGACCGUAAAGACCACCGGAGUCAAGACUGGGAAGCCGCAGCCACGAGCCGACAACAGCUUCGAUAUGAGCAGCUACCUCACUCUGUCCGAGUCAGAAUGGACCACGUACAAGAACUUCGCCUGUGAAGUCACCCACCAGACGCUGCCCACUCCCGCCAGCAAAUCCUUCAAGAAAUCCGACUGCGCUUAAUAAACGAGUCGAUUCGGGCCUCCGAGUCAUGGUUUCGUUUGUUUAAUUGCCAUACUGGGUUUUUUUUGUGUUGUUGUUUGGAGUUAAUUUUAUAUUAAGUGACGUUGCUAUUAAUUGCUUAAACCUAUUCAAUUUAACCUAUUGUAUUUCAAAGUUUGGCGAUUCGUGAUUUCUUGAAUAGCUUUUGAUUUGAGUACAGUAUAAUCAAUGCCAUAGGAAAAAAAAAGUUGCAGAUUUUAGAUGAAACAAAUAACACAUGUAAUUCAAAUAUGAACUGUUUUUGUCAGAUCCAUUGAGACGAAUUAAAUGCUUUUGUUGCAAA